CGACGAUAUCACUGUCAUUUAUGUAGAAAGUCAUUUUUGCGUCCUUCUUCACUCAAGACACAUAACUAUUCACACACAGGAGAGAAGCCGUUCAAAUGUCCGUACGUAGGUUGUGACCGUAGUUUCAGUGUACAUAGCAAUAUGCGACGCCACCUGCGU